CGCCGCGCCGGCCGCACGCGACAUGCGCGCCCUCUAGCGGAUUAUGUUCCUACCCGACCUCCCGCGAGCCUGCAUGGUGGACGACGUAGCAACGUAUCUCCAAGCGCCGUCCUCGGGACAGGACGAGUUCCAUCCGUUCAUAGAGGCCCUGAUGCCCUUUGUAAAGUCCUUUUCGUACACUUGGUUCAAUUUACAAGCAGCCAAACGGAAGUACUACAAAAAACACGAGAAACGGAUGAGUCUUGAGGAGGAGCGGCACACUAAAUAUGAAUUACAGAACGAGAAAGCAGAAGUAAAACAAAAAUGGGCUUCACGGUUACUGGGCAAACUGCGCAAGGACAUAACGCAAGACUGCAGAGAGGACUUUGUGCUAAGCAUCACCGGAAAAAGGCCAGCCGUCUGUGUUCUAUCCAACCCGGACCAAAAGGGGAAGAUGAGGAGAAUAGACUGCCUAAGGCAGGCUGAUAAGGUGUGGCGACUAGAUCUAGUAAUGGUGAUACUAUUCAAAGCGAUCCCGUUGGAGAGCACAGACGGGGAGAGACUGGAAAAGCACCCAGAAUGUACCCAGCCUGGGCUCUGCGUCAACCCGUACCACAUCAACGUAUCUGUCAGAGAGCUGGACCUGUAUUUGGCCAACUUCAUCAACAGCUAUGGUAAUAGGAGCGACGGUCUGCCAGAUAUCCUUAGCGGGUCUCUCUCGCCCCACCCGCCUAGGGACAAAGAGAACGAACACGAGGCUAAGAGCAAAGGCUAUAGCCACAAUCCGUACAACGGAGUAAUUUGCAACGAUAUUAUUUUAGCCACUGGUGUCUUCUCUUCGAAGGAACUAUGGAAGUUGUCUAAAGCGUCAAUUCUCCAAGAGACGGGGUCAGAGUCACCCGGCGGGUCCGGCGGCGGCAUAAAACUGGAGUCCGGGUACUACUGCGGCGGGUACAACAGCCCGGCGCCGCCCGCCUUCGAGCCGCCGGCGGAGAGAGCCACGCCGUCCAUGAUCGUGGGGCCUUGCUUCAACAUCCCGCACAGCUCAGCAGGGCUCAGCGUCGCUCAGUCCCCGCUGGUGCCGUCCAACACCAUAUUCUACCAGCACGCGCCGCCGCCCACCGAUACGCACCCCACAGCAUCAGACCAGCUGACCAGCCAGCACUCGAGCGGGAAGUACGACGGAGCGCCGCAGGACUCGCUGGACUUCGUCACGUUCGUCUGCCAGGAACCCUCGGCCGAUGUUCAGCAGUUACAGGUCCACAGUCUAUCCAGGAGUCCGAAGCCCGCCUACUUCAGCAGCACGAUGCUGCCGCCGCCGCCGCUGCCGCCCAUGGCACGGCCCGUCGCCAUUAUCAGGUCAACAGCAAGCGAGAUGGUGGGCAGCGGCGGCGGGUCGCCGGCGUCGCCGGAGGUGCGCUCGCCGCCGGCGUCGCCGCGCCGCCGCUCGCCGCACGCCUACCGCGCCGACUGCCACCCGCCGAUAUCGCACUUCAACCACUUCCACGCGCAACCGCAGCAGGUAUUCGCGAGCUACGGCUCGCUAGGCGGCGUGGGAUUAGGCGGCGUGAGCGGCGGCGCGGGCGGCGUGGGCGCCGGCGGGGCGGGCGGCGGCGGCGUGUCGCCACCCGGCGGGCUCGGGCUGUAUGCUCCUAGGGCGUCUACUAGGGCACCUCCUAGAUGGAACGCUCCGUUCACAAGCCUGGAAGACGAGUUUAACAUCAUGACGGCGCCGUCAGGCCCCGACCACGUGGUGCUGCUCGACGACGGUGAGUAUCACCUGUAUGAAAACCGCCUGAUGCCAGAACGCUUCUUCCAAUCGAGCGUGAUCACGUCAGAAGCGACUGCAAUGGACACAGCCACCUCCGUCGGUCCCGUGGUGGAGCCCGACGACAUUGCGCCUGAUAAACAGGCUCCCGAUCUUCAUUCCCCGUGAUGCUCGCCCCCCGCGCCCGGCCCGAAGGACCACGAGCCCGGGGCAACGUACCAGGAGCCCGGGGCAACGUACCAGGAGCCGGGGGCGACGUACAAGGAGCCGGGGGCGACCGACAAGGAUUCAGACAAGGGGUGCGCGGGGGCGACUGUGCUGCGGUGGACGCCGGCGCCGUUGCCGCACUGGCGGCCGGUCUCGCAUCGGACUGUGUGAUUUUGAUUUCAAUUUCAAUUUCAAUUCGACGUCUGCGCACCGUCUGAAUCUGGAUUAAGCAAACGUAUCUAUUGUUAUUUUGCCUACUUUAAAUUCAUCUUGGCCCAAAGGUUAACUGGAGGAGAACGCCAUACGGCAUCAAGUUCAACUUUUGUACCUUGUUCAAUGUGCAAAUAGGGUGCGAUUUCCGACUGUAAGCAAAGUAAUAAAAACAAUCUGCCAAAAAAAUGCUUUUGGCACAUAAGAGGUACCUAAUAUGGUUCAAAAUAUUAUAAUAGGUAACUCUCUAUGUCACCACUUGCUGUAAAAUCUAGCUUGAAAAUACUUUGAACAAUGCAAAAUUAAUUUAUGUUUUUUAUUUUAAUUCAGACGAUCUGUGGACGUUAAUAGCUUCGACUUAGUGGAAUUUUUUAUCGUGAAAAAGCGAUAAGUAAUUUGUAAUUUACUUACAUAAUUUUGUGGCAUAUAAUAAUUUACUGGUCAUAUUGUUUAAGCUAUGUAGCAAUAUUUACGUUACAGGCGAUGUUUUUAAACUUUUUGGUGGUGGUAAUUUAGUAUUCAAUUUUUGUAAUGGCGGCGAAUAAGCUAGGAGGGGGCUAAAUGUAAAUAUAAUUAAUAUAAAAUGGUCGAGGCGUCGGCAACGUAGUUGAAAAUUAGAUUUUACAAUUUUUAGUGUUAUUGGUCGCCUGCAGUUCCCAAAUUUUCUUUUAAAAGUUACCGAAAUUGAGUACAAGAACUCUAUUAAAAUUUCUUCAUGGAUAACUUCCAAGUUUUUUCGCCAGAGGCGCUAGCGGACUCUUGCACCGAGUGACUUUGCCCUGUCGGCUUUUCAAAGCGCCAUCUACCAAUGACAUAGGAACUACAGACCACCAAUAUCGCUACCAUUACUACAUUUAAGGCGGUAACAAAAUACAAUACAAUACUCCAACGAUAAAUAUGUAAAAAUAAUGCUACGAAAAUUAAAAAAACAACAUAUUAUAUUCUAAUAUUUUUAUAGAAUAUAAAAGUAUGAUAUGAUCAAGCCUUCCAGUAAUUUAGUGAAGUUAAUGAAAAUUCAGCUUGUAGCUAUUAUUUUGCUGGGCUGUAAGACAGGAAAGCGGAAUAAACAAAAUGCUUCCAGGACAAGCGUCAAAAUAAUAAUUAUUUGACGAAAGUGUGAUAUUAUAAGUUGUUUUCGUUUCGUUGUUGUGUGUUUUGUAUUGAAGAUAGAAUAAGCGGUAUUAGAAUAUUUUUUUUUAAUUUAUUGAACGAAUAUUUAAGAAAGACGAGCCUUGCUUAAGAGAUUAGUUUAGUUGUAUUAUUAGUGGCCAUGAGAUUGCGGAUUACUGUUGUUUUGAUUCGGCUAUUUAUUUAUUACAGACAAUGCAACAUCGACGUACGCACAAAUUUUAGAUAAUGGCAACUAAUGCACAAAAUAUGUAUGACUUAUUAUGACAAUAAGUUUUAAGAACAUUCAUAUGAUCUCAAAACAGUUGCAUAAUGAUUAAGAUUUGCGACAGCGGAUCGAAAACCACAGUAAUUCGUCGUGUAGUUCGACAAUCUUCGUCGAGGGACAUUUUAUAGGUGCCUUUCAUAAGAAUAAAGUAACGUACUUUUAGAGACUUGUAAAUUGUAGUGUUCUUUUAAUAAAUCCAUCCGCUCAUACCUGUAACUUUGCAAUUCAUUAAUACCUACCUAAACUUAAGAUGAUGUAUUGUUUUCUGUAACCAAAUUAAAGUUAAGCAACUACAGUUAAGGUCUAAUGUAAAGUAUUUUGGUUACAGAAUUAAAGUCGAUACUAUUCUUUAUCUACGAAAUCCUAGUGAUUUAUUGUACUUAAUUAAUUUCAGUCAUUUUUUGCGUACCGUGGCCAUACGAGAAAAGCUAGUCAUUAGAGUUACAAUGUAAAUUUAAUAUAAAUUAAAAUGAAAAAAUAUUUACAUUAUAUUACCCCUUACGCUUAUUAGUAAGGGGUUGAACCUAAAAUUGUGGCCAAAUUACACUUAAUAAAAUCCAAAUAUAUAUACACGAUUUUUAAUAGGUCUAGAUGUAUAAGUACUUAGUAAUAUAAGUUUGUAGUGACAAUAUGAUGAAGAAUGUAAUGUGACAGCUCGGGAAAUUUCGAGCAACGAAAGAAGAGUCUUAGUAAUUGUCAAGUUUACUCACACGAUGAUUUAAUUUACUAUCUGUAACUAUGUUUCUUAUGAACAUAUUGGACGCUGUCACAUUUAUCAUUUUGUAACACUAUUAAACUUUUAUUUACGUAGAAGAGAUUUAAUUUAAAACAAUAUUCAGGCUUUUCUUCUCAUACAUUUUAUCAAUAUGUAUUCUUUUUGUUACCGUUACCAAAUUCUUUUGAUGCCUUAAAUUACUUUUGUAAAUUAGAAAAAUAGGAUGAUAGGUAACGUAGCAAUAAAUGACAAGCAAUAAUUAUAAAUCUAAUUAUAAAGAAAACAGCUUUAGUGAAGCUAGAGAUUGGUACUGAGAGUAGUUUGAUCCUAUAUUCAUAACAAUUGACUUGCAGAAUAUUUUUUCUAUAGAAGAAAUGUGGCUGAACUGACUGGGUUAUAUAAAUUGGAAUUAAAAUUAGAAGAUCAGUUUGGUACAAUAUAACAUAGCUAAUCACAAAACAAAAACUAUAUUAGACUAUAAAAUACAGCUGUAAUAGUUCAACUAGGCAGAAAGGCGGGAAUUAGUCAAUUGCUAGCUAUAGACAUUAGAGGAUAUAAAACAGUUAGAAGAGAUAAUAGAAAUGUCACUUAUGGCUUGUUGACUACAUUGAUUCGGGAAACCUACACAACUUUGACGUAUUGUAAAAUCUGAACGAGGUGACUUUGUCGAGUCGGUAUGGAAUAUAAUAUUGGUGACGAAUUUAAACGCUCAUUGGUGCCGAAAAUUCUAGACUGUGAUUCAAUUGUUCAUUCUGAACGUGUCUUAUAUUGAAAUAGUUGUUUUGUAUGAUUGGCAAUACGCACGGCUAGUGCUAUGAGAACACUGUAUUACUACAGAGAGGGACAGAACAUGUUGUAUGAAAUGCAUUUGUUAUUAUUGUAAUAAAGAUUUGUAUCCAUAAAUAAAUGUAAAGCAAAGAGGUGUAAUUUAACUUUUAUUUUAUUAACAGCAUUCGUAGUUUUGGUAGUAGUUUAUUAAUAGCUUUGCUAUGAUUUUUGCGUGUAAGGGACAAAUAGAACAAUUUUCGAAUACAACGCAGUUCAAUAACUAAAAUGCCUCUGCACGUUUUUCUAUGUGUCUCUUUACAUGCAUGUUUAAUUACUUUUGAUUAGCACCACUGUUACGAUAUGGAGUAAUAUUGAAAGCCUAAACAUUAUGUGCCUUAGAUACAACAAUAUUGUAUGAUAUUUAUGAUGCGUUCUAUACAACGUGCUAACUAGAAAUAAAGAUAAACGUUAUUUUGAAAGCCUGGAACUUGGAUAAUUGUCUUCAUUGUUAGUGUUUAUUUCAGCGAAGGCUUGCGUGUGGAUCUUUCAAGAUUUUCUAUCACCAGCACUCUUCCUGAAGCUAUCUUUAUUUCCCCCCUUGUAAUUUGACCUAUAAAAUUUAGAUUUUCUUUCAAAUCCCGUUAAUUUUUCAAAAUUAUGAGAAACUGGGCACCUAACAGUCUGGAAAUUGAUUUCGAAUCCAGAGUAUAUUACAAUUAUAACCCUCAUCUAAUGUUUAUUCUACAAUUAAGUAACGCUUUAAAGCGUAGUUUGCUGAAAAUAUUAAUACUUCUUACUAUAUUGUAUAAUUUUAGUAAAUACCUACAUUAUACCCAUUUAAGUACCUAUUAUAUACUUUUACUGGCAUGUAUAUCUACUCUACGCCACAAUUGAAUUAGGCACGCUUUUUAUUUGAAAUGAUUAGUAGAUAAUCUUUCAUUCUCGCAUGGCUUUUUACUAUUACCGAUUGAAAGGUACUAUAUCUACAAUUAAAUAUGUUUUAAUUUCUAUUAUUUUCUAUUCACAUAUUGAUAAAAGUUCUUAAUGGAACUCAAUCCGUCUUAUUAUUAAGUUUGUGGAUUUCUGAAAUUGAAAUAACAUACAUACGUAAAUAGAAAAUAAUUAUAAGUAUAAUUAACCAAUAGAAGAAUACUCCUAGUUAUGAAAUUUUAGUUGAUUGUACGUGCAAUUACAAUUAAUGUUUUGUUAGCGAAUUUAUUAAUUAAUUUUAGUGUACCUACUUGUGUCCAUGACCAUAUUGUUUGUAAAUAUGUUCCGGAGUGUAUUUAUAAUUUCUAUUUGUAUAAUUUAACAGUAGAAAGCGAAUUUAUGUACUACGUUCUUUGUAAUUUGUCCUUACCGUGCUUUCAUAUUUUUAAAUUUCUUUUUUUACAUUUUUAUUUGUAUUCAAAGUCAUAAAGGAUCAAAUGUACUAUUUGGGAAAGGAACACGCGUACCAAAUAACAUCAGUUAUUGAAUCGAAUAGUUCAUUUGAUUUAGACAUAAUAAACUAAAGAUAGACUUGUAAAAAUGUUAUAACAUGUAUUUUUAACCUAUACAUAGUAAGAUAUUUAUAGAUUUUUAGUCGUUUAAUUAUUUCGAACGACUUGUUAUAAAGAAAAUUGGUGCUUAAAGCUUAACAAAAAAUGAACGGCAUAAUAGUGUCGAGUAUGUAUUGUCAUGGGGAGUCGAGCAUUAUGACAUAGCAUGCGUUGUUAUGCUUGCAUUACAUGUGGAAUUGCUUGUCAGCCAACGUUACAUAAAAAAACAAAUGAGAAAAUAAUUGACUAAUUUUGAAAAUAGAAAAUCUUGAUUAAAAAAAUAGAAUUUUAUUAAAAACACCUCGGUGCAAGGUUAGAGCGUGCAAAAAAGUAGCUUCGAAAUAAUUUUGUUGUUUGACGAUUUAAUAUUAUAAAAAUAAACGAUUUCACAUGUGAAUGUAAGCAGUUAUAAUAAUGUAGGUAAACUUUGCUCAAUAUCGAUGAAAACUGAAAGUGUUACAGUUGAUGCAAUACAAACAAACAAACACA